GAAAGUGUUUACCAACAUAAAUUUAGUUUUCUGCAUUAUUACAGGUUUUUAUUUUUCAAAGCAACAGCAAAAUGGGUCGAUGCCGGAUGUGUCGAAAGGCUUGCGAAGCGAAUGCUCUUUUCAAAAAUCGGUUCUUUCGGGAAAAAUUCCAGGACAUUAUUUGUAUGUGGGUAGAUGCUGAAAAUGAUCCAACCCAGUGCGACGUAUGCAAAGAAUGUGAGACCGAUACUCUGGAAUUUUACUCCUACAAGCAGCGAAGUCGACAAAUACUUCGUGGAAAUAAAAAUCCAGUUCCAUUUCUUGGCAAUGACGAUCCAGCAGCUUCAGGAGAAGAUGACCAGGCCGAGCCUGAUGCCCUUCUGUCGCUGCUGGAUGACUGCGAUGAGACUGUGGAGUUUUCCGUGGAAACAUUGGAACAGUUGAGUUCUGGUGUGCAAAAGUCCGGGGCUACGAAUCGCAAGAAAAGCUCUGAACUUAGAGAUCCGUGGAAGACUAGCAGACUGCGCGGGCUCCCAACUCCGGAAGAUCGGUUAGCAGAGAAACUGAGACCGAAACGGCCAAUUCGGCGUAAAACGGAAGCCGAAAAAGCGAUGGAUCCCGUGGAAUACCGGAAGUCCUAUUUCAAGAAGGCGAUGGAAAAGUACAAGCAGACUUGCGAGCUCUGUGGCAAACGAAUGCCAGCAAAUCGAAUAGAAGGUCACAUGAAUGGUCACAAAGGAUUGUCGCCGUUCGCGUGUGAAGUUUGUGGACAAAGUUUCAACUGUAAGCUCAAUCUGCGGAAUCACAUCAACCGCUUACACGUCACCGGCAAGGAGGUUUCCUGUACCGAAUGUGGGAAAAUUGCAACCUGCCCCGGUACUCUUAGGCAACACAUGCGUGCGGUGCACUUGGAGAGAAAGUUCCAAUGCAGUUUGUGUGGAUUGAAGAUUCUCAGCCAACAUUCUUUGCAACGCCACAUGAACAUUCACACCCAAACGCGGGACUACAUUUGUUCGCACUGUGGCAAGGCGUUCUACUGCAAGAGUGUGCUGAAGAUUCACUUGCGAACGCAUUCCGGCGAGACGCCAUACACUUGCAACAUUUGCCCGAAGGGAUUUGUCCAUCGGCGGAUCUACGUGAUGCACAUGCAGAAGCUGCACCCGGAGGAACCGUUGAUGAAGCUGGACGGUGCCAAGGCGCUGAAGGAGACGCUGAUGAAGAAGUACUCGAUGGCGUGAAAUGUGAGAUAAUAGGGGCUUGCAGCUUUAUUGAAAUGAA